UGGUGAUCUUUGAUACUAUUCGUUCCCAUACUUCCAUUUACUCCUUUGAAACAAAAAUCCAGAGGAAGAUCAAUUAUAAAUAAUUCAACGACAGUAGCUACAGGGAGGGUUUAAGCAGCCGCAGAGAGAGCGCGAGAGAGCUAUGGGGAACCCCAAGCAGAAAUGGACAUCCGAAGAAGAAGAAGCUCUCCGCGCCGGCGUGGCCAAGCACGGCGCAGGCAAGUGGAAAAAUAUCCAGAGAGACCCUGAAUUCAACCACCUCCUACAUUCUCGCUCCAACAUUGAUCUUAAGGAUAAAUGGAGGAAUCUGAACGUAAGUGCAAAUGCGCAAGGCUCAAGGGAUAAAUCAAGGAGUCAAAAGCCAAAGGUCAAUGCUGAUGUUCCUAUGACUCCGGUGCCCAAUGCACUAACCCAUGCUUCCUCCACUCCACUUUUACUGGAUACAGCAACACCAGCAGAUGCCGCCGUUGAGGAUAACUCAAAAUGUUUAUUAGAUGGAAAAACUGCUUCAAAGUACAAUGGAAUGGUUUAUGAAGCACUUACGAAUCUAAAGGACCCAAGUGGAUGCGAUAUAGGUACAAUUGUCAAUUUCAUUGAGCAAAGACAUGAAGUGCCACCAAAUUUCAGACGGCUACUGAGUUCUAGGUUGAGGAGGCUUGUUCAACAAGACAAACUUGAAAAGGUACAGAACUGCUUUAGGAUCAAGAAAGAGUUCUUACAUGCAUCAUCAACAACUCCGACUCCAAAAAUAAAGGAUAGUGGGCCAAAAGAGGAUUUGCAAAACACUGGCUAUCUUGGUGAUACAGUAGAAGAAGCAGCUAUAGCGGCUGCCUACAUGAUUGCAGAAGCAGAAAAUAAAUCAUUUGUGGCAGCUGAAGCUGUGAAGGAGGCUGAGAGGGUCUCGCGAAUGGCUGAGGAUAGUGACGUACUGCUUCAAUUGGCAAAGGAUAUCUAUGACAAAUGUGCUCGUGGAGAAAUUGUCAUAUUGGCAUAGGAUAUGUAUGGUCUACAAAUCUUUUAGAGGUUGUAAAUCAGUGAUUAUUUUUUGGUUGUUUAGUUGAUUAAUAUGACACUGUUAUAGGUCUUAAAUCAAGAAUUUCUAUGUGCAAUCUAUAUAUACAGGGAUCAUCUUUCUUGUGUUGUAAAGAUAUAUGAUUCUCGGAAGUUUGCAACCCAGGGCUGCUAUCUC